ACUUAACUUCACUUUCAGACGGAUCCGGCGAGUUCGUCCGCUAGUCAGGUCAAACGGAACAUCAUGAGUUCUCCGUCUGAUGAAAGCACUGGUUCAUUCUGGGAAAAGAUCUCUAGUUUAUCUGUUAUCGUCUUCUUCAUUAUCUCAUACCUAACUUAUUAUCUUUUAUUUGUUGUUAAGAAACCUCGCUUAGCAUGCAGAGAUAAAAAAUUUAAAAACUUUCUUCUGGAGUACUGUCCCAUUCUCCAUGAAAAAUUUAAGCCAACAUUUUGGUGCUUUGAAUCCAGAGCUCAGACUAUAAUGAGAGCAAUCCUGAAGUCUUCUCCACGUGUUUCCUAUGAGAGUGAACUGGUUCUCUUGCCUGAUGGAGGACAGUUAUUACUUGACUGGUUCGAUAACAGUGAGUCGGAAUUUAAGGAUGUAAGAACUCGCCCCACGAUUCUCUUAUUACCAGGACUGACAGGCACGAGUAACGAGUCGUACAUAACACAUCUGGUACAUCAGGCUGCACAGCAUGGCUAUAGGUCUGUUGUAUUCCAUAACAGAGGAAUGAAAACACAGCUGUUGACACCUAAGACAUACUGUGCAGCCAAUGUGGAGGAUCUGGCCUAUGUGGUAAACUUACUGAAGGAGCGUUUUCCAGAGGCACCAUUCAUUGGAGCAGGAAUUAGUCUGGGAGGAAUGAUUUUAUUUAAUUACCUUGCCAAACUCGGGGACCAGUGUAAGCUGGAGGCUGGUAUGUGUAUAUCUGUCGCCUGGAAUGUGUUCGAGUCAGUACUGGAGAUAGAGAAACCUGGGCUAAACCGACAUGUAUUGAACCGAACCCUGGCUAAAGGACUGGUUAAUCAUGUCAAAAGUAAUAUGGCUCUUUUUGACAACCAGUUGGAAGAUAUUGAUCAUGUUCUGCAGUUGCUGAGGUGUAGCCAAGCCAUCUGUGAGAUUGAUCAACCCACAAUACCAGCUGAGGAAGCAGAACAGAAUGACAAUAUUGCCAUAGUGAUCACCUCUCAUGGCGGCCAUAUUGGAUUUAUGGAGGGGCUGUUACCUCGACAUGAAAGUUACAUGGACCGGUUAUUUUCUCAGUAUGUUAAGGCCGUGUUCACUCACGGACAGCAGCACCUUAAACAGGACUAAACUGGAUCCUUAAGGAUAUCAAACCAGAUCUACCAAUAUCUUCAUCACUGUGUUCAGAUCUAAGUCAGUUUUUUUUGGGUUGUUUCUGUAAUAUUGUCUCACACUUUAGGGUACAUGUAUGUAUAUUGCACAUAUUCUUUUUCUUUGAGCAUAUAAUCUUAUCUUAAAGAAUAAGGGAUAUUCCAUUUAAAACUCUGAGGGGGAUGCAAUUAGUCAUUGAAUUUUUUUCUGUGCGGGAGGGGGUAUUGCUAAUUUCCAUAUUCUGAAUAAAGUUAAUUUCUGUUAAGAGAGGGGGGUCAAUCUAGAUUUGAUCUACAUGUACUUAGGCCAUAAUAAAUAAAUUGGGGUCUGCAUACCAUAAUGAAGUCUAAUAAAACAAACCUCUCUCUCUUUUUUGAGAAGGGGAUGCCUGCUAAGGCACAUGCUUGUUUGACUCAAACAAAAAAAUGCUAACCCCUUUAUAAACCAUUGUCGUAAUAAGAAGCAGAUGAUCUAGUAACAAAAUUAG